GUGGAGAGGGCGUGUCUGUCCGAGGGGGAGGCGCGUGACGCCGGUAGAGGCUGCGGGAGAAAAGAGCGACGAACCGGGUGGAAGCCCUAAAACUAACUGACGUUAUACUCUUUAGAUUGCUCUGUUUCCUACAGUGCUGUCUGGAGUGAUUACAGGUUUCCUCCCGUCCCUGUCUCGUGAUCUGUGUGUGUGUGUGUGUGUGUGUGUGUGUGUGAGAGUGUGUGUGUGUUUGGACAGCAGUGAUCCGUCAUGGGGGACAUGAGUGAUCUGGACAGACAGAUCGAUCAGCUGAGGAGGUGUGAGCUCAUCAAGGAGAACGAGGUCAAAGCCCUGUGUGCCAAAGCCAGAGAGAUUCUGGUAGAAGAGAGUAAUGUACAGAGGGUGGACUCUCCGGUGACGGUGUGUGGUGACAUCCAUGGACAGUUUUAUGACUUGAAGGAAUUGUUUAGGGUGGGAGGAGACGUUCCAGAAACAAACUACCUCUUCAUGGGAGAUUUUGUGGACAGAGGCUUUUACAGCGUCGAGACCUUUCUGCUACUUCUUGCCCUGAAGGUGCGUUAUCCAGACAGAAUCACGCUGAUCCGGGGAAAUCACGAGUCCAGGCAGAUCACGCAGGUGUAUGGCUUCUACGACGAGUGUUUGAGGAAGUACGGCUCGGUCACGGUGUGGAGGUACUGCACGGAGAUCUUCGACUAUCUGUCCCUCUCCGCCAUCAUCGACGGCAAAAUCUUCUGUGUUCACGGCGGUCUGUCGCCCUCCAUCCAGACUCUGGACCAGAUCCGCACCAUCGACAGGAAGCAGGAAGUGCCUCACGACGGGCCCAUGUGUGACCUCCUGUGGUCAGAUCCUGAAGACACCACAGGAUGGGGCGUGAGCCCGCGGGGAGCCGGGUAUCUGUUCGGGAGUGACGUCGUGGCCCAGUUUAACGCCGCUAACGACAUCAACAUGAUCUGCAGAGCGCAUCAGCUCGUUAUGGAGGGCUACAAGUGGCACUUCAACGAGACGGUUCUCACUGUGUGGUCUGCUCCCAACUACUGCUACAGGUGUGGUAAUGUGGCAGCGAUCCUGGAGCUGGACGAGCACCUGCAGAAAGAGUUCAUCAUAUUCGAAGCGGCUCCACAAGAAACGAGAGGCAUUCCCUCCAAAAAGCCAGUGGCUGACUACUUCCUGUGAGCGAGGUCGAAUGCCAGCACUCUCAACAGGAAGUGCUGCCCUGUGUGUUCCUGUAUUUCUGUUUCCCUCUCCCUGCCCAGCUGUCUUAAUUGGGUUUUUAUUUUUUUACUUUCUCCGUACUAUUCCUUUUUUAUUUCUAUUUUCCCUCGACUUCCACAUUCUCUCUCUGCCAUGAAGGCACACAGUGUCUCGCGGUACGCUGGAGAUGUGGACGUUUGUACUGUGAGUGGACCGCAGCAGCGCGUGGCUCUGCUGGGCCUCAGAAAGAUGCGUUUUGGACCUUUUCUUUUCUCUCUCUUCUCAUGUAAAUUGUAAAUGUGUAAGAUGAUUAUGCUUGGAUCAUAGUUUCAGCGGACGCUGCGCACACACACACACACACUGGAGAACACACACAACCUGCUUUCCCUCUCCACUGUUCUCUCUACAGACUUAUUAUUGAUUUGAUUUUUAAUUUGUGAAAAUAAAAUGUACUUUUAUAUGAA